AGCGGAUCUCAACAGAUAAGACCAGAGUUACAGGUUUGAAAUUGAGCUGUAUGAAUGACUUUGCUACUGUAAGUGGUCCAUUGGAUGAAUCGACACAUCAGGACAAGCAGUCAAUUAUUAACACAGAAUCCACUGCUAAAUCUUGCUUUCUGACUGGGAGAGAGGGAGGAAGAUCAUUUCACUGGACUGACCGGCAUCUAAAAUGCAAGCUGUGUUUCUACCCUUUGUCCUGUUCAUGUGCCUAUGCUCUUUAGGAAAAUGUGAAAGAGACUGUGAAAAAAGCUCAAUUGAACGUGAAAGACCAGCUAAUGUGGAUUUAUCAAGUCUUGACCCCAGCUACGAAGAUGGCAAGGCAGUGCGGUUACGUUGUGAGCCUGGUUACACUGGAUUACAACGGGCCAGUUGCAGAGAUGGUAAAUGGACUGUUACAGGAAGACGCUGUCAGAAAAAACCUUGUGGUCACCCAGGUGAUACACCAAAUGGAGAUUUUGAAUUGGCCGGCGGAGAUGACUUUGUAUUUGGAGCUGUAGUUCAGUACAUAUGCAAAACCGGCUAUCGCAUGAUGAGCAGAAACAGUCAGCGGAGCUGCGUGGCCAGUGGUUGGGACAACGAUAUUCCUGUCUGUCAAGAGGUAAAAUGUCCAAUAAUUCAAGUGGCUGGUAAUGUCCAGGCAUCAGGCAAUGUUGAAGACGGAGGCUAUGGAGAUGUCAUUCAUUUUGAGUGCCAGUCGCCAGACCUGCAGUUAAAUGGACUUGGAGAAAUACAUUGCACUGAUGAAGGAAAAUGGAGUGGUGAUAUUCCAACAUGUAAAGAGAUAGAAUGUGAAGAACCUCCCAUCUCAAAUGGGAGAGUUACAAACACCCAGCCAGUGUUCAAGAAGGAUGAUAUCCUGAGAUACACUUGUGACGAACGAUACCAAGCCUCUGAUGGACCAAACCCAAAAUGCACCAAAUUUGGUUGGACCUCAACACCGGAAUGCAAAGAGAUUAGAUGCAGUUUAGAAAACGCCUCCCCUGGAACAACGAGAAUCCCAGACCAAAGUUUUUUCCGACCUGGAGACAAUGUUGAAAUAGUUUGUCUAGAUGGAUAUCGGACUCCUACGUUUAAACAGAGAGAUUCUUUUCUCUGUGGAGAAGAUGGCAAGUGGCCGAUUAGGAAGACACCUGAUUGUGAAAAAAUAUAUUGCGCUAGACCUCGGGAAUGGAAUGUGGUGCGAGAUUUUGAUAGCAGUCGGAAGUAUCCAUACGACUCAUAUGACUAUAAGGAAACUGCAAGGUACACUUGUACUUGGCGUUAUAAGGCAACACAGACAGAGAAUACAGGUGUUGCUACAUGUGGACUUGAAGGCUGGACUCCCAAACCUCUAUGUGUCGACAAAGAUGCAUGUACCUCACCCACAAUAGAAAAUGGGUUCAUAGUGCAUCUUACAAAGAACACUGUGGUGUUUUCAUGCAACAAUGGUUUCAAACAAAAUACUGGGGGGUGGUGGAAGAAAAUCCAAUGCUCUACAGGCUCAUGGUCUCCCAUACCCAAGUGUAUUGAUCAAAAUGAGUGCACUUCCCCACCUGAUGCUGAAAAUGCAGAAUACCAUGGAUAUAUCAAGGACAUUUAUUCAAAUGGAGAUUCUCGUCUAUUUCGAUGUGACCCUGGUUACAUGUCAGAAGUACAAGAGAUUAAGUGUGUAGAUGGAGAGUGGGAGAAACCAAACUGCAGACGCAAUGGUAAUUGGUGUACAGCUCCACCAGAUUUGGAAAAUGCAAUCAUUGACUCUUCGUAUCAAGAAUGGUACAUAAAUGAGUUUAAGGUGAAAUAUACAUGUCGUCAGCCUUACAAAAUUGAUGGUGAAGAUACAAUCACAUGCAAGUCAGGAAACUGGACAGAUCGCCCAAUAUGCAUUCCUGCAUGUGCUGCCCCAACUGAUGCUGACAAUGUGCGUUACAUUGCCAAUAACAAGACAUUUUAUAAAGAUGAGGACGUUCUGGAAUUUGAGUGUAAACCUGGUUACAGAUCAGACUUGCAACAAAUUAAGUGUCAGAACACAAGAUGGGGAGACCCAAACUGUAAACGAGAUUAUGAGUUGUGUACAACUCCACCUGCAAUUGAAAAUGGAAAAAUUGUCAACCAAGAACCACACCCAAAAUAUCCAAAUAGUUUUGUGAAAGUGGAAUAUGCAUGUAAUGAGUUUCAUAAAAUGCGUGGCCAUCACACAAUUACAUGCAACCAGGGAAGCUGGACUUAUCCACCACGAUGCAUCACAUCUGCAUGUGCUGCCCCAACUGAUGCUGACAAUGUGCGUUACAUGGCCAAUAACAAGACAUUUUAUAGGGAUGAGGACUUUCUGGAAUUUGAGUGUAAACCUGGUUACAGAUCAGACUUGCAACAAAUUAAGUGUCAGAACACAGCAUGGGGAGACCCAAACUGUAAACGAGAUUAUGAGUUGUGUACAACUCCACCUGCAAUUGAAAAUGGAAAAAUUGUCAACCAAGAACCACACCCAAAAUAUCCAAAUACUUUUGUGACAGUGGAAUAUGCAUGUAAUGAUGAUAAUCAUCAAAUGCGUGGCCAUCACACAAUUACAUGCAACCAGGGAAGCUGGACUUAUCCACCAUCAUGCAUCAAAUCGUCUCGAUGUGAUCUACCUCCAGCGGAGAGUUUCAUAGCAACAACUGACCACCAAGACCACCAGGUCAUUUUUCAUGGAACAUGGGUGACUUUCCAGUGUCCACCCUUCUAUAAUUUUGCAGACAGUAAGGAUUUAAAAAAAGAAUUGAAAAAUGUAUGCGAAAAUGGAAAUUGGCGCCAUCCAAUGAGAUGUUGGAAACCCUGCAUAGUGAGACCAGAGGACAUGGUUAACAAAAACAUCAAUUUUAAAAUAAUCAUAGAAGGUCUAAGGUAUGUUGGACAUAAGGACCAUGUCACAUUUGUGUGCCAAUCGGGGAUACCAAAAAAUGAAAAGGACAUGAGACAGAUGUGUUAUGACGGCAAUAUCAAACUUCCUGAAUGUCACUAAUACACUAUUCCAUUGCUUUUUGACUACUGACUGCAAACACAUCUUGUAUCAGUUAAAGAUUGCAUUGAUGUAACCACAUCCUAUUCCUAAUUAACUGAUACAUCUCGUAUCAGUUAAAGAUUGCAUUGAUGUAACCACAUCCUAUUCCUAAUUACAGUAACUGAUACAUCUCGUAUCAGUUAAAGAUUGCAUUGAUGUAACCACAUCCUAUUCCUAAUUAACUGAUACAUCUCGUAUCAGUUAAAGAUUGCAUUGAUGUAACCACAUCCUAUUCCUAAUUACAGUAACUGAUACAUCUCGUAUCAGUUAAAGAUUGCAUUGAUGUAACCACACCCUAUUCCUAAUUAACUGAUACAUCUCGUAUCAGUUAAAGAUUGCAUUGAUGUAACCACAUCCUAUUCCUAAUUACAGUAACUGAUACAUCUCGUAUCAGUUAAAGAUUGCAUUGAUGUAACCACAUCCUAUUCCUAAUUACAGUAACUGAUACAUCUCGUAUCAGUUAAAGAUUGCAUUGAUGUAACCACAUCCUAUUCCUAAUUACAGUAACUGAUACAUCUCGUAUCAGUUAAAGAUUGCAUUGAUGUAACCACAUCCUAUUCCUAAUUACAGUAACUGAUACAUCUCGUAUCAGUUAAAGAUUGCAUUGAUGUAACCACAUCCUAUUCCUAAUUACAGUAACUGAUACAUCUCGUAUCAGUUAAAGAUUGCAUUGAUGUAACCACAUCCUAUUCCUAAUUACAGUAACUGAUACAUCUCGUAUCAGUUAAAGAUUGCAUUGAUGUAACCACAUCCUAUUCCUAAUUGGACAAAAGUGUCAGCUAAGCACCAUAACUGUAACUGCAACUGUAAUUGUUUUAGGGACUUCUUUGAGAUGUUGGUUACACUUCUCCUCAGAUAUGUGUUUAGUUCAGUAAAAUGUCUUUCUAUUUGGAUUUUACCUACAGGAAAAACAAAAGAAAUGUUUGACUCUUACUGUAAUUUGUUUUUUGUGUAUGCUUAUGUAGGACUCCUAAUUGUUAUCACUGUGUGGCAGGAUGCAACAUUCUCUUAUUGUAUGGUCCUGAGAGGGUGAAUUGAUGGCAUCUUCAUUUGUUGUACUAAAUCCGUCUUACUGUAGUAAUAAAAGAAAUCCCUGAAGAUCACACACACACAUACAGAUACAGGUGCGCGCAUGCGCGCACACACACACACACACACACACACACACACACACACACACACGAAUCCACAAAUCACCUGCAUAAUUAAUCACUGCGUUCAAAUAUCAAUAAAUAAAAUAUCAAUAAACGGUAAA